UUUACGAUUUAUUAAUUUCAGUAGUGAAAAAGUAUUAUUGCCCUUUGGUUUUAUUUUAGUUCGGUUCCAGAAUGGGAUUCUGACGUAGGUGAAGAUGGGGAGUUAGUUUUCAUAAAAGUAAAAAAUAAUGCAAACUACGAUGUGAAUACUCCACUUUUAAGAAACUUUUAAGUUAAGAAGUGACUUCAUGAGGGCUUCAACGCGAAGGUCCAGUAAAGGUAGAAUUUUCAAAGCUUUAAAAAGCCGCAAGGCAAAAUAUGACAAUGCAAGUAGCAAAAUUAAUGAAUUCGAAAGUUCAGUUACUAAAUAUUCUUUAGAAGAUAAUAAUAAAUUUGUUAUCAUACAGGUUAGCAAGAAUAUGAUAUUUAACAGUGAAAAGAACUGCCAAAUAGAGAAAUUAUUUGGUAUGAGUUUAGAGACUCAUAUGGACGGAAAGACAUUAAUUGUUGCAAAUUUCUUAACAGAAGCUAAAGCAAUAUACAUUCCACGAGUCAAAGUUGGUUAUUACCUAGUAAAAAUAAAUGGAAUUGAAGUAAACUCUUACAACAUCAAUAAUAUGCUACAAAGAGUAAUUGAAGACAUUGAAAGUCCAAAACUAACAUUUCAAGUAGUAACUGGAGGAUUUAAUAUUGAUCUUGUUAAAUUAUUAACAUUAAAAAAUUCUCCGGAAAAUUCUCUAACUCAGCUUUUGAAAGAUUUGAUGUGUUCUGUUCUGUACAUAUGUUGUAAUGAUAUUGAGUAUCAGAGUAAUGAUGAUAAAGGAGUACUUUAUUGCUACCCUCGGCCAUAUAAUCAAAACUUUCUUUAUAAUACAAGAGGGGCUUAUGUGACAAUCAUUUGGCCCCUAAAUCAUUGGGUACUAGUGAACCAGUAGUAUCAACUGUCCUUUACAACAAUACUUUAAUUAAUGUCACUUACGCAUCUCAUUUUAGUGAUCUACUUUUACUGGCUGUACCUAACAAAAAUUUAGAUC